UGGGGGUGGGGGGCUUAUUAAGUUGGAAGUGCAUUUUACCUGAUUCUGCAUUGAGUGUGUGGUUUAGACAGAAUACAGACCUUUGUUGUGACUCAGGUCAGCUCCUCGCAGAUGUUUAUAGGCCCAGAUAAACCAUGAAGGUCAGCAACGGAUGAGCACCACGAAUCUCCAUGAACUUAUUUGUCAUGCCAUUUUAUUCUAACAACUUGGUCUUUGUGUUCUUUCGGGAUUUGUAGUUUUCUGGGGUGAAUCAAUCAUCUUCGCUGUCCGUGGUGCUGAAAGUAAUCCUCCACCCUCUGCAGAGAGUUACGACAAAUGCGCUGCGUUUUUCCUCAUACCUGCUUGGCUUCUUUGGCCCAAUGUAACAACCACUUCUCACUCGGAAGCUAUUUUAACUCACAGAGUGUAGUGUCAUGUAGUAUCACAUAUAGGGCGUGAGGCUUGCGCAGCCUGGAUGCAUGCUCACGACAUGAUGUUUCAUAUCCUUGUUAACGAUUUUUAACCUUUCUCUCCUUUCACUAUGUUAAAAAAAUAUAUAUUAAAUGACAUUUGGUGUCACACAGACUCGAGUGUAGAUUAGCUCAUUUUGCGUAAUCCUAAAACCGUGACAUGACGGGAUGAAAAUGUGAUGUUUUAAUCUCUAAUCAGUGUGUGAUCAUUUUAAAUUGAGAUGUUACACAAGGUGGCUCCAGAGCAUCUGUCUCUCUUUGCAGUCGGAUUGCGCCAGUGCUGGCACACAAGCGCUCUUGUUUUUGUGGUGUAUGGAGAACUUCUGGCGGCGUGUUUUAGUAGAGCCGGUCUGCAUUGCGUCGAAACCCUCCAACUCCUCCUCCUCCUCCUCUUUCUGCCGCCCUCCCUCUCUUUCUCCACUCCUCACCCCUCCUCUCUUUUCCCUCGCCUCCCCUGCACUCGCAUGUACAACGCACAGCAAAACAUGCUUGACAUUGUGGAGAAAACAUUUGGACCUCGCCGCCACACUCGCCUCCCUCUCGGCCGUCCGUUUUGAUUUUCUUUUUUUUUUCCUCACUGCGCUCCGCAUCCGCGCUGUGCUGAAACACAUUGUGCCCGUCAUCUCGUCUAGUGGCAAAAAAGAAAAAAACAAAAAAACCCCAGCAGAUUUCUGCUGAUGCAGUGAUGUCUGGAAAUGUCAAGGGCUCGCUUAUUGCACCUUAAUGUAUCUCUCCCCCCCGAAUUGCAGCGCAAGAUUUUCUCCUGCGGUAUACUGUGCAAUGUAAAGUUGCCACAUGACACCCACUACUGGCGUCCUGCUGUUGGAUGAUUUUACUCGAGGAUAAGACGCAUUCAAGACCUUCCCAGAUCAACCCACGAGGCAGCAGCAACAACAGCUGCAGAUGCACCGGAGAGCAGCAAUGGUCAAGUCAGCGAGAACCGCAGUGGAGCCGCACUGAGGCAAAGCAGCCAACCCGCCCUCUCGUAUCUGGGGACGUCUCCAACAUUUUAAGGGGUGUGGGAAGCUGAGGAGUGGAAAAUUUCCCCCAAUCCUGAAUGCCUGCUCAGUCAGCCUAACCAACAUCCCACAACACAAUUCCUGCUCCUCCUCCUCCUCCUCGUCUUUCACCACCUCCUCCUCCUCCUCUUCCCAAAAUGACAGUAGUAGCAGGAGAUAACAUGGACGAGACCUCGGCUGUCCCGGGCCACCCUCAGGACACCUAUCCCCCAGACCACAAUGACCACGAAUGCUGCGAGAGGGUGGUCAUCAACAUAGCCGGCCUCCGGUUCGAGACUCAGCUGAAAACUCUCUCCCAGUUUCCGGAGACGUUGCUGGGCAACCCCAAAAAGCGGAUGCGGUACUUUGACCCUCUGAGAAACGAGUACUUCUUCGACAGAAACCGCCCCAGCUUCGAUGCCAUCCUGUACUACUACCAGUCAGGGGGGAGGCUGAGAAGGCCGGUGAACGUCCCUUUGGAUAUGUUCUCAGAAGAGAUUAAAUUUUACGAGCUGGGAGUGGACGCGAUGGAGAAGUUUCGUGAGGAUGAGGGUUUCAUCAGGGAGGAAGAGCGACCUUUACCCGAGAAGGAGUUCCAGCGUCAAAUUUGGCUCCUCUUCGAGCAUCCAGAAAGCUCAGGCCCCGCCAGAGGGAUUGCCAUCGUGUCUGUGAUGGUAAUCCUGAUUUCAAUAGUCAUAUUUUGUUUAGAGACUUUACCACAGCUGAAAGAGGACCCGAUGGGUCGAUUUGAGAGAGUGGGGAACACUACUGUUUAUUAUAAGCCAAAUAUCCUCACUGACCCCUUCUUUGUCAUCGAGACACUCUGUAUAAUCUGGUUCUCCUUUGAGUUGAUAGUACGCUUUCUGGCAUGCCCAAGCAAACCAGCCUUCUUCAAGAACAUGAUGAACACCAUCGACAUUGUGGCCAUUAUCCCUUAUUUCAUUACACUUGGCACUGAACUGGCUGAAGACCCAGACAAUGAGGGCGUGGGGGAGCAGGCAACAUCUCUGGCCAUACUCAGGGUGAUCCGUCUGGUCAGGGUGUUCAGGAUCUUCAAGCUGUCACGACACUCCAAAGGACUCCAGAUCUUGGGGCAGACCCUCAAGGCCAGCAUGCGAGAGCUGGGUUUGUUGAUCUUCUUUCUGUUCAUCGGAGUCAUCUUGUUCUCCAGCGCUGUCUACUUUGCCGAGGCAGAGGAGGAGGGAUCCUACUUUGGCAGCAUCCCGGAUGCAUUUUGGUGGGCUGUUGUGUCCAUGACAACUGUGGGCUAUGGGGACAUGGUCCCGGUCACUAUAGGGGGCAAGAUUGUAGGAUCUCUGUGCGCCAUCGCUGGAGUGUUGACCAUUGCACUCCCGGUGCCCGUCAUCGUCUCCAACUUCAACUACUUCUACCACAGGGAGACGGAGGGAGAGGAGCAGGCCCAGCUGCUCAACGUCAGCAAUCCCAACAUCCCCUCCGAAACCAACUCCAGCCGCCGUAGUUCGUCAACCGUCAGCAAGUCAGAGUACAUGGAGAUCGAUGGAGACAUAAACAAUAGCAUCGACAACUUUAGGGAGGCAAACCUCAGAACUGGCAAUUGCACUAUAGCCAACCAAAACUGUGUAAAUAAAAGCAAGCUGCUUACAGAUGUUUAGACACUAGUUAGGACCUUUAGGAUCGCUGUGGGACUGUAACAUGUGGAGUAGACCAUCAGUUAGGAAUGCUUCAUUUACUUCCCCAAAGCUCUCUAUGGCAUUAGGCCUACAACUAUGCUCAGCUAUACGGAAAGGAAAAGAAAAAAAAAACAAAGCUGUUAGAGUAUAUGACAGGUAGAUAGAAUAAUUAAUUCUUCUGAUCCUACAAAUAUAUAGUUAUAUCAAAAAGAAAACAUUGAUUAUUACUCAUAUACACGGCUCCCUCGAGGACGCAGAGCACACACUGUCUUAUCAGACGAUGGCGUGAUAAUUAAAAUCAUAUGCAUGGAGUACAGAUAACAUUUCAGCAAGUUGCACAAUGCACCAGUAACGACUGCAGACAUGCAAGCAUCUGCAGCCGAGUGGUAAGCGCCAAGAAGUUAGGAGACCCCCUCCCCCACCACCACCACCACCACCCUUUCUCCUCCCUCCUCUCCUCUCCCCCUACAGAGGAUCUACUACUCAGCAAAGCACCUUAUACGAGGAAGACUGAUCUCUCUUGUUUGGAUGUAAACAGAUGGUGAUCUACUUGCUUCAUGGACAUCUGCAAUGCUGCUGUUUUCCAGCAGUUGCUGUAAUUGUGUUAUCACCAAGUGAUUCAAUGCCAUGCCCUUUAGAUGCAACACAGCACAACGAGCGCAAGUGAGCUUCACACGAGCAUGAUUAGAGACUUUCCAUUUUGAUACCGGCAUGCACGAGACAUAUCUCACAUAACUGGAAAGGAUGUACUUUUGGAUACCUGCCUCCAUCCCCCUCCCUUCUCAUCGGUUUUCAUACUGAGUGCACUGGAUGAGUUUUUAAUUUGAAAAUGCUAAUCAUUUAGAAGUAUAGAAAUUGAAUGUUAAAUCUUAAGGGAACAGUACAUUAAUGAGAUCAUAGCAUGAAAAAAAACGUAACCUGCAUUAUGGUCUAUCGACUAAGAUACUUUUGUAUCCUGGUAUAUUUAAUGCAUGACGUGAGUAUACAGCUUGUUGCAAUUCAGGCACUCUGCAGUGCCCUAUUGUCAGGGAAACUAAGGAAAUCAAAUUCUGAAUGUUUCUGAAUUCAAAUAUAUCCAAACCCACCUUGAAGAUGCAGAGUUUCUAAUUUUAAAAGUAGACGAGGAAACUAAAUAUUAUCAAAGAUGCAUAUAAUCAUAAUAAGCACCAAUUACAGUAUUAGUCAAUAGUGCAGUGCAUGGACCUUCUUUGAACAAGAACAGUUAACAUGUUUUUCGUCAUGCUUCCAUCUCCACGUCUAAGUUGAGCACAUAUUGGUUUGGAGUCCACUGAAAAACGAUUGAUACCAAAUUUCACUUCAGAUCUGAGAGAAUUAUUCUGACAUUAGUUGCGAGUGCCUUUAUCCCUUUCACCAAUAGGACCAGUGAAAGUGCCUCUGUGUACAAUGUGUGCUUGAGCAGAGCUGGUUACCUUCUGUUGUAGAGUCGACACACCGUUGGUCGCGACGUUAAUGAUGCCCGAUGAGCAAGGUUGAAGCAGCAGGUGAUUGUGGUUGAGAAAAGGAAGAAGAAAAGAUGAUCCAUGCUGUCAUGCACAACCCAGUUUCCAUGCUGUCACGCACUUAAUUACGCCCUUAAGCAGCAAUGUAUUGUACUCUGCAUGUUUACCAUUCCAAUUCAAAAGGGAAUAUCCAUAGUUGUGUUUCUUUUUUUUUGUUUGUUUGUUUGUUUUUUGACAAACUCAUGCCGUUUCUUUGCGCACCACGCAUCCUUUCAGGGUCUCUACCUCAGUGAGGUCAUUGCAAACUUGCUGCAGAGCUGCAAGCUUCAAUGCAGGGCUUCCUAUACCAUAAUGCAAAAUGGAACCUUAAGUGUAAACUGCAGUCAUGCAAUAUUGAAUGUGAGAGUCCCAAAGCAUAGCCUUUACACAAGCACUUAGGACAAAUAGUGUACCACAAUCCUGCUCCUGUUUUUCCCACUUAAAGCUACGCACAAUCAGGAUAUUCAUUUGUAGAGAGUUUGUCUGAAGAUUGCGUGACUCUCCUGACGGGACGAGGUUGACUGUUUUUCGUGUAAGUUUCUUUGGAACGCGCCAGGUUACUUUUGUGUCGCGGGAGAACACCCGAAUGUGUUGAAGCGCAUCUGUGUGGAAUGCAGCGGAGACAUUUAACUAAAUCCGUCACACUGCAACUAUCGGGCAUUACGAUGCACGCGGAAGUGCAGCCCAUCUAUUUGCACAGCUGUUUCUUUUCGGUUGCUUGAACUACUUUGCUUUACUGGUGACUUUUGUUUUUCUUUGUCACUGUGCUCUCGCUCGUUUGCAUAGUUUCUCCACAUCCUGUUCCGGGCAGGCGAACUUCAGAUAGAUUAGUAUUAUUAAUAUUAGACUACUUGAAAAUCUCCAGCUACUGUACGUUAAUCUGCACUCAGUAUUGAGAGUUUUGUACUGUUCUUUCUUCAGUUUUGUAUUGUUUUGAAUUAUUUAGCAUUCUCCUGAAAAGGUCCUGUAAGAAAAAAAAGCUCCACUGCAGUGCUGCUUGAAUGUCACAGUUGUUUCUGUUCGGCUGUUCCUCGCGGUGGUAGGACAGGACUGCGUUAGUUGUCUUCUCACCACGACGUUACUUGUUUUGGAAAAGACGACUUUCCAUUCAGCUACUUCUGUUCUUGUCGUUCUUGUUGCUGGUGUCUGGUUGGAUAGUUCACAGCCUGUUUUAUUUGGAAAUGAUCUUUGUACUGUACUGCUGAAGAGUGUCUGCCUCAGGCAAGGUAAACAUGCUAGGUGUCUUGUCACAACAUCAUUCCACUUGUCUAGACUUUAUUCGAAAAGAAGGACACUCCUAGUACCCUAUAACAUAUAAUAUAUAUAUAUAUAAAUAUAUAGAAUGAUACAAGUAAAUUUUAGUAGUCUCAUAAAUGCAGCUAUCAGGAAACAUUUCGCUUGGUCACGUGUUUCUCAAAAACAUUGACUCUGGAAGGCAGUGACGGGACGAAACAGUCCAUCACGAGAUGAAGAAAUCCUCACGUUUGCUGUCGCUGCUCUUGCUGUGGGGGCAUGUAUGGACGGUGCUAUGCAUUCACUUACUUACCCAACGGAAACAUGCAUUCUUAACAGCAAUAGAAUAACAAACAACAUCUUGUUGUUGUUGCUUUUUUUGUAAAAAUAGGAGAAAAAAAACAAAGUCUAUCUUGAAUGUCAGAGAAACUGCAAUCACUUGACAGAAACUCACAACAGGGCUGUUUAUGUACCAACCUCCUCACCUUUGUUCUGGGAUUUUGUAAGGUCAAAUGUAGAGGCUGACAUUUCAGUGAGAGAAACCUGUAAAACAAAAAAAAUGCAUAUAUAUAUAUGUGUGUAUAUGUAUAUAUAUAUAUAUAUAUAUAUAUAUAUACAUAAUAAAAAUAUAGGCUUUGUAAUAGCGGCAGUUCCCAUUAAGCAACCCCCCUGGUUGGAGCGGAGAUGACUUCGCUGUCAGGAACAAACGCUGCUAGUCCCAAAGGAAGAGCCCAUAAUGCACUUUGAGAGAAUCUAUCUUCAGUUCACCGGACUGAUCAGCUGUUAAGAGAGAAAACUCAGAGAAGGUGCCUAAAUUGUUCUAUACGUUCAUUCGUUCAGCUUACUGUCAGAUGUUAUGCUUCUGCAAACAUACGCGAGUUCGAAGACCUAAAAGAAAAAAAAAAAAAAAAAAGAAAUGACAUCGGGGAAGAAAAAAAAAACAUGAAAUGUCAUGAGAACAAAAAUGCAAUUUAGCUAUAAUAAGAUAAGAAAAGUAACCACUAUAUACUGACGUUACGUAUGAAAAACAAGAAGUUUAAUGUGUGUUCUUAUUUUCCUCUGUUUUGUUUUUUGGUGGCACUGUAACAUGACUGAUUUAAGAAGAACAUGCCUUAUACUGGAAUAUCAAAACAAUAUGUUCCUCCAGCAAGCCAUGAUAAUGAACCUACUGUAUUAUGAUCAUUUGCUAUACUCUAGAAGAUAUGGACAAGAAGUGUACUAUUAUAAAAACACACGGUUUUGUCCUUUUGGUUUCAAGAAAAAGAAAAAGAAAACACUGGAUUCAUUCAGACGCCAUGUUCACAUGUUUUCAGAUCUCUACUGCUGAACCUUCUGCUAUAAUGUAUCUCUACAGAAACCUACUGGUCGCAAAAAACUGCAUGGUCGACGGAAGACUGCAUGAGCUUUGCCUUUCGAGCUGUGGAUCAACUAUAAUACAGUUGCGUCAUUUUUAAAAAAGAAACCCUUGCUUUCAUCUGCACCAAGGCUUCCUGUAAGGCCCUGUUCAGAAGUUGCGUCGCGAAGCGUGUCCUCUCGCCGGAUUUCUCUUUUUGGGGGGGAGUGGGCGCCCGACCUCGUCACCGAGGCGGCGCCGGGGGUCAUUGGAGAGCCGCAGCACGCCGCCUGCGCGUGGCGCGCUGCGGGCUCUGGACCUGAGCGAGGACAUCAAGGGCUAGUUUCUUCGACUUUAUCUCUAUUUCUAGGACUGAAAUGCUCUUGCAAGUGACAUUUCGCCCGUUCUCAUCUCAGUCUAGGCUGUAGUGAUACUGUGCUGUGGGAAACAUGUCCAUCGUGUCUAAACAGGGCCGCACACGCACACACGCGCACACACAAACACACACACACCCACACCCUCCUCCGCACUUCACUGGUUUUGAGGCAUUCUUGUCUGUUAAAAAAAAAAAGUCUGGAUGUUGGAUUUGCUUUUCUUGCCUGCUGAGGAGGCGCUGGACGGGAUCGAACGUCGGGAUGUUGUGCGCCUCACCCGCCGGAGGUGACCGCGCGCGCGAGGAGCUCUUGUUUGUGUUAAACGUGCGGUGGCUAUGAGUUUGUCUUUAUGUGUCGAGGGUGCGCACUUGGCCGCGAGGUAGGGAAGCUGGGCCUUUUUCUGGAGCAGAGUGUCGAAGGACUGUCGGACUCUUCUGCUCUUCUUUUCAUCCACAAGCAAGCCGAUUGUGUUAUCUGAUCCAGCCGUCAUUGUCAUGUUGUGUUUACCCAGGAUUAUGCUACAAUGUGUUCAGUUUGUCAGAUGAUGACAAAGGCAUGGUCUGUGAUCUAUGCAAGGGUUAUUUAUGUUUUCUUUUUCUUAUAUGAUUUCAUCUUACAUUAACUUCAAUAAAUUUUUAAGGAUC